AUGCGUGCGCGUGCACAUUUUCGUAUUCACACCAUUCGCGUGAUUGCCCCUGUUCUUCGCGUCGCCCUGCACUGCGUGAUCGGUGUCUUGGCUCUUCAGCUUGCUACGCCUGCUGCGCGACAACCUGGCAUCAAGACGACUGCCCUCGACGGCAGCUACAUCUAA